AUGGAAUGCACCUGUGCAAAAGUGUCUAAAGUUUGCCAGAAUGGAUUUUUCUUGGACAUCUCCAGUUCAACCUGUAAGAAAGAAUGUCCACCUGGUUUUUGGGGCAAGAUCCCAGAUCCAAAAGUGGAAACUGGGCGCACCUGCGAAAUCUCUUCUUGGCCACACGGAAUGCAAAGACUCAUCGUACCUCACAUCCUUUGCGACCUGUGUGUUCGAACAGUGGCAAUGUUGUCGGAGCGCGGUGUCUCAGACAUGCGGAGCCUGAGUUUGCGCCAACAGAAUGGCCAAAUCCAGAAAUUGAAAGGAGCGGAUGCCACCGAACAAAAUAUUCGUUUCAGGUUUUCACGAGAGCGGGCCCAAGACGGCGAACAAACAGAAAUUGCAAAACUGAGUGUGGAGCGCUUCAGCAAUCUGAAGAGGCUGAUCCUCUGCAAUGGCUGGAAGAGCACCUUGAACCGGGAAGAGGCAGUCUCCACUGUUAUCUCGCCUUCGGCAGACGGAGACGACUGCAAGCUUCCACAGGUGACCGAGAUUGGAGGCUAUUUCUAUGAUUUUUGGUCUGAUGCCUUCAAUCCACGGGGCGUGUGGCGACGGACCACGUUGGACAGCUUUCUUACCACGAAUCCCAGUUGGGAGGUGGUGCUUGAUCUAGACGAACUGUGUCGAAGAGAAGGUGAGAGCUAUGUUUGGCGUGGAUUCGAUGUUUUGCUGGAGGCCAAAGAUGGCGACAUGAGCGCCACGCGGGCCAUGAUUUGCCUCUCACGUGGAGGUCAAGAUGCUUUUCAAGCUCGAGAGUUUGACUUGGAGCGAAAGACCUUCGUCAGAAAUGAAGGCUUUGUUCUGCCUGAAAGCAAAAGCGUUGUGUCCUACUUCUCCAAGGACUUUCUUCUUGUGAGCACAGACUUUGGACCUGGCUCCCAGACCUAUGCAGGUUAUCCUCGAAGUGUACGACUGUGGAAGAGGGGAACAUCCUUGGAAGCUUCCCCUACUCUCUUUGAAGGGGAGAUUCAGGAUCAUGUCGUUUUUGGUUAUGCGUCAAGGCAGCGCAACCACCAGCUGCAAGUGGUACAGCGAUCUGUGAACUUCCACACUACGGACUGGUGCCUGAACACAGACAACAAAUUGGAGGCUGGCAGACUUUCCUUGCAGAAGCUGGAUGUGCCGCAAGAUGCGGACUUGACUAUUUUCGAGAACUUUUUGCUCCUCCACUUGCGGAGUGAAUUCAAAAACUUCCCGCAAGGAGCUUUGCUCUCCCAAGCUGCCAACAGUGCUCUCAGCGGAGGGGAGUGGCAACUUCUUUGGACCCCACGAAGAGAGGAAAGGGUUGGCACUUCUCGGUCAUCCACAUUGCAAAAGAUCGUUUGCACACGAAAUUAUUUGGUACUACAGAUCCUGGACUCGACACUGACCAGCGAUUUAUUGGUGCUUCGACAUGAUGAGGCGACGAGCUUAGUAUCACUGUCGGUGCGAGCUGUCUCUGCACAAAGCGACGGCCUGUGGAUCGGCCGUGCUGGCUUUCGAGAGCCUCCUACCUUGUUCUAUGCAGAGGACAUUGGAAAGUGGCAGGGGCAAGACUGGCAGCAACUUUUUUCAGGUCUACAAGUUGUAAGACGUCUUCAGGAUUUGUACGAUGCUUCGAAAGUGGUGGAGAUGCGAUUGGAGGCGCGCUCUGCUGAUGGGACAGAGGUUCCGUUCACCUGUUUGCGAAUGAGUACUAGUGAUACUAGUGAUGGCACUGAUGGUGCCGGUGCGAAUGCAGAUGUGCCCACGCUGGUCUAUGCCUAUGGAGGCUUUGGAAUUCCUCUGUUGCCAAACUACAAUGCUACCAUUGGAGCUGCCUGGUUGGAACGUGGUGGUCAGUACGUUGAGGUGAACCUUCGCGGUGGCGGGGAGUUUGGUGCAGACUGGGAACGCGCUGGCCGCUUUGCAUCCGGACGUCUCAAAGCCUAUGAGGAUUUAGAGGCAGUUGCAGAUGAGCUGCUGCGCCGAGGCCUUGCAACUCCAGGACGUGUCGCCCUGAUGGGCCGUUCGAAUGGUGGCCUGCUGGUGGCAAAUCAAGUUGUUCGGGAGUUGGCGAAUCCGUGCCGUUUCUCUGCAUUCGUGGCUGAGGUGCCUUUGACGGACAUGCGAAAGUACCACAGAUGGCUUGCUGGGCAUAGCUGGCUCGAGGAGUAUGGAGACCCUGACGACACACAGAGCUGGAAGGAACUGAGGCAAAUCUCUGCGUAUCACUUGGCACAAGAUCUGCACAAAACGAGCUGUGGCAGCUGUGGCAAACCGCGCUGCAAGAUGCGUGUCUUGUUCACGACGUCGACCCGGGACGACCGGGUGCAUCCGUGCCACGCGCGCAAGAUGGUGAAAUUGUUGCAGAGCUUGCCCAUAGAUGGCCUCGAAGCUUUCCUCUAUGAGUGUCAAGAAGGUGGACAUGGCGGAGCUGCCUCCAUCGGUGACAGAGCUGUGCUGCGGACCAUGGAGUACGAGUUCCUGUGGAAAAGCCUCACGACUUGAAACGACCUGAAAGAUGAUGGAUCAGGGGUAAACGGUGAGUUUGCGCCAAGAUGACGUCGCGGAUCUCCUUACAGGAGAGCAAACGAGGAGAGCGCAUUCACUAGAUGCAAACUCCUCGCAGCUUGGGAGACAGCUGAAGACGAGGGCGGGGUGGGAAGAUGGAGGGAAGGUGGAGAGGUGGAGGGAAGACGAAGGAGCGGAACGAAGGAACCAAAGGCAAAAGCGAUAGAGCGACCGUCACGGGUGGUGCUUGGUGCCAGAUGAUGGGAAGCGAAGCACAGUGCUAGCGGCAGCGGGUUCUGCCCCGUCUCACAACAUUCAAACUUCGUGCAAACUGAGAGGCGAUGCAAAAAUGAUGCUCCGG